UCAAACACAUGAAAACCCCUUUGUACCAUCCACAAGCCAAUCAGGUGGAGGCGACAAACAAAAGCAUAAAACUUGGAUUACGUGCUCACAUGGCUGAUCUUCUUGAACACUGCUCCUGGGAAAACCAUCUUUCUCGUGUUAUUCAUGAUAUUAACACUUCAGUGCAUUCAGCCACGGGCUACACGCCAUAUUUUCUGCACACCGGUCGUGAAUAUGUGAAAGAUGGAAACGAAUAUAAAUUAUUAUUGGAUGUAAAUCCAUACCAUACCCAGGAUGUGGAACAACGUAAAGUUCUGGCUGAUGAAAUUCGAGACAAACAGUUCGAACUAUAUCAACAAACCGCACAACGAGCAUUGACCCGCAAAAGAGAACGUCAUUUCGAAAUUGGCUCGGAAGUGUACAUUCCCAAUCCUAAACAGUCUGUGGCCGGAGAGGGCUAUGCACAAAAACUAGCCCCACCAAAAAUUAGAGCCUAUGUUUCACGGAAACUUGGUUCGAAUUCAUAUGAACUGAUCGAUGCUAAACACCGAGUGCUUGGUAAUUAUUCCGCCGAUUUAAUCACAACACGUUAACUUAGUCAGUACCUUCGCCUUCUCAAGAAAUUCAAUGAAUAUAGGGUGGCCCUCCAUACUUGAUAGAUUUUGCAUUAUUACAAGGUACCCGGCUCCUAGUAAACAAAAACCAAUGGGAUAUUCCCUUAGAUUCGAAACACAUCCCUAGCGCAAUCGAUCCGCCACAUUCGGGUAAAUCGCGUAUCGAUAACUUUGCCGUUGCGCUAGUCAAUCAGAAAGGGACAUCGUCAGGGAAAUUUGCAAAAACCGACGCCACUUUUACUUAUUGGAUUGCCGCGGUCACCCGAACUUUUACGCACGCUUAAUACUGACAAGUGGACAAGAACCAUGGUACUCCCGUCGUAUGUGAAGGUGGGCCAACAAGUACAACACCUUAUGCGCCUAACCAUCAAGUGGAACCACAAGGAUGCGCUGCCGAUAUUCGCGCUCGAGGUCGACCCUAAAGCGCAACAACCCCCAUUGGCCGUGAUCCCCAAGGGCUCAGCUGGUCCGUACUUGUCGGCAGCCGAAACGGUUUUUUGUCGGUUGCAUGUUGUAGGGAAGUCCUCGAUCCUCGAUGUAUAUGCACCCCCAUUCGAGGCACAAACGACUGCCAGUGAAAUUCGCGUUCUGUUUGCCCAUUGGCAUGACGAGCCGACACACCGUGCCGCAAUCGGGUAUCUACGUGUCAGUGCUCCCGACCAAAUCGGCUUCAGCGACUUCAGAACUUCACUGGCCGAAGGCAUACCACGCAACAUGCUGGACAACACCGCUUUUAUUGUCGGUUUCCGUAUACCAUACUACCCAUUUCACUACGAAGCAAAUUUACGGGUGUACAAUAGUAUCGACCGGGACAUUGCAUUUCGACUGGUAUGCUACCAUAAAACGGGUAGCACGGUACGGUGCGAGGACCGUUUAUCCCUUCGUGCGUUACGGAAUAACCUGGUCACCCCAGCAAAGGUGGAAGUCCGUGGAAACACGAAGACAGUAGCCGUACCAACCGAAGCAAAGCAGGGG